AAUACUUUCCAUCGUCAUGUUAGGGUUUCCUCUGUCUACUUUAGAAGCUAUAGCUGCAAGCGUGAGGUUAGAAAGCAGCACGGGGAGAAAGAUCUCCAUAAAAUCUGAUAUUCAGAGUAAAAAGACAGGUUUACCAGCAAUUAUCAAAACUUAUAUAGGUAAUAAUGUCUGUUAAAAAAGCGGAUGAAACCGUUGAAAGGAAACCAUCGAGCAACAAGAACAUCAGGAAGCUGCGUGCUGCGAGCAUGGUGUGCAGCCUGACAAGCAGUUGGCAGCAGUGGGUGACGGAGAACGAGAAGAAGCAAGCCAGCGAGCCCAGCGGCUGGGCUCCGUCAUCCCUCGAAGGACAACCGGAGGAACCCAAAAAGAACUGGGCCCCUAAAAAGCCUCUUUCUACACAGACCCACCUAAAACCUGAAAGCAACGCAGAGACUCAAAUAUCAUCAUCUCAAGGAAGUCCCAUCAACGGGAGCGUUCAGACCUCAGAGGAAGCCCCUCAGCCAUCUCCCAUCAGAACGAAGCAGGUGGUGAAGACCGUGUCCAGCAGCGUCCAGGAGAAAAGUGCAGGCGUCGGCCUCCUGGCUGAGAAGAUGAAGAGGGAAUCUCUUCCAUCCAACGAGGAGAUUGACCGACUGCUGAAGAAGAAGAGUUCGCCCACACGGCGCAGGAAGUGCUCCAACAUGGUGUCCUCUUUGACGAAAAGCUGGAAGCAGGUGGAGAACCAGCGGAAGCUUGGAGAAGAAGGAGGAACAGGAGAUGGUAUCAGCUGUGGUCAAGACAAAGAAGGCAGAGAGAAGGACAGAAUAAAUGAACAAGAUGCUCAGAAACAUGGUGUGACUGUUUUAAAAGCAGGGGAACAAAGCGACUCUGAGGAAGAGUCAGUGAGGAUAAAAAGACCCCAGGUCUCAAUGUAUAAAAAGGAAGCCGAGGAUGCCAACAAGAUCAAUGCCCUUUCCAAGAAACACAGCGCUGUUGGAAACCUGAAGAGCCGCUGGCAAAACUGGGCUGUGGAGCACACAGUUAGCCAGAAACUGAACCCCUUCAGUGAAUACUUUGACUAUGAUUACUCAAUGUCGCUUCGCCUGCAGAAGGGCGAGGAGGGUUACGGACGUCCAAAGGAGGGUACAAAGACCGCAGAGAGGGCCAAACGAGCCGAGCAGCAUAUCCACCGUGAAAUAGAUGACAUGUGCUACGUGAUCAGGACUAUGGCUGAUCCGGACCCGGACGGAAAGACCCGGGUCACAUUUGGACAGCUUUUUGACAGAUAUGUUCGGAUCUCUGACAAGGUGGUGGGGAUUCUAAUGAGAGCCCGGAAGCAUGGGAAGGUGGCGUUUGAAGGGGAGAUGCUGUGGCAGGGCCAGGAUGAUGGAGUCAUCAUUACUCUGAUGGUCUGAUAGUUACACCCGAUGUCACAGACACCAGGAAGCGACAGAGACUGAACAGCUUGCAGGAUCCAUCAUUGUAGAUUACCUCAAGAACACAUUUGCUGCUGUUCUUAGUAGAUCACUUGAAGAUGUGUUUUUUUUUUUGGCAAUGUUUGUCAAUGUCUGAGAGUUUUGCAAAAACCUGCAAAUACUGUAAUCCUUUGAAUGAAGUCUUCAGAAGUGAAACCCAAUAUUUUCACGACUGAAAACUACAUUUGGAGUACCACAGAGAUCCUCAUUAGCCUUUUGCACUUUAUUUCCAGCUUUCUGUCUGUUAAUGAGACAGUAAAGAUUGAGCAAAGCAGUUUACCAGCACAGUAUUCAACGCAAAGAUUGCAUUUCAUUUUCUUUAAUGCUACCUUUUGCUCCACCUUACAAUUUAAUAACCACAAUAAAAAGGAUCACAGCUGAUAACUCAA